AUGCAGAGCGCGAGGAGGGCGAGCCCCGUGGCGAGGCAGCACAACCGGCGGCACGAGCACGGGCUGCCCCGGCGGUGGUGGCGCUGCUGCUGCCGGUACCGCGGCUUCCGCGCGCCGCCAGGGGGAGGCGGGUACUGGCGCGCCGGCGGCGGCUUGAGCGGGAGCACCUGCGGCGGCGGCGCGAGGGAGGGCUUCUUGAAAGGCGGCGCGGGCCUGGAGCCGUUGGUGGCGGGAGCUGGCGUGGGCGUGGGCCUCACCGCCGCGGCUGGCGCCUUGGGCGGCGGCGGCCUCGGCUUGGGCGGCAGGGGCGGCUUGGGCUUGGGCGGCAGAGGCGGCUUCUCGGCCAUCGUGGAGGACGCGCGCGGCGGCGGCUAG